AUGCUGCUCCGACUGCGCGGGCCCGAUGGCAUGAUCCGCCUGACGGUCGAGGCGACGACGACGUUUGGGGACUUGGGUCAGCAGCUGCUUCCGCAUCUCCCCGGCUCCGUCGAUGCCACGUCCAUCACCAUGUCCAACGCCCCGACUGGCGGCGACGCCAAGAAGCUCGUCGACAUCGCCACCUUCAAGGUUGGCCAGAUCGGACUCAAGCACGGAGACCUGAUCUUCAUCGAUUACAAACGCACCGGCGAGGCGGCCAACGGAGCGCCAAACGGCAGUGCCCCGCCAAAGGGGUCGUCGCCCGAGAGAAUAGCAAGGCCUUGGGAGGUUGUCAAGCAAUCGGGCCUCGACAACCGCCUAGACAAGCUCGACGGCAAGCUCCCGCGCGGCCGCGAUAGGAUGUGCCGUCACGGCCCCAAGGGCAUGUGCGACUACUGCCAGCCCAUGGAUCCCUUCGACCCGGGCUAUCUGGCCGACAAGAAGAUCAAAUACACCUCGUUUCACUCUCAUCUCCGCAAAGUCAACGCCUCCACCAACAAGCCCGAACUCGGAAGCUCCUACAUUCCCCCUCUGGUCGAGCCCUACUACCGCGUCAGACGCGAUUGCCCGACGGGCCAUCCUCCGUGGCCCGAGGGCGUCUGCAGCAAGUGCCAGCCCAGUGCCAUCACGCUCAAUCCCCAGUCGUUCCGCAUGGUCGACCACGUCGAGUUUGCCUCUCCCUCGAUUGUCGACUCCUUCAUCGACCCGUGGCGCAAGACCGGCGCCCAGCGAAUGGGCUUCUUGUACGGCAAAUACACCGAGUAUGCCGAGGUGCCCCUGGGCAUCAAGGCCGUCGUCGAGGCAAUCUAUGAGACGCCGCAAGUGGACGAGCAGGACGGCAUCACGGUGAACGCGUGGGAGAACCAGCACGAGGUCGACGAGGUUGCAAGGCAGUGCGGCUUGGAGCCGGUCGGUGUCAUCUGGACGGACCUGCUGGAUGCCGGGCACGGCGACGGCUCAAUCUGCUUCUCCUCGAGACUGCAGGCACAGCACCCGAAGCCCUCGAAAUGGAGUGACACGGGCCGGUUCGGCUCCAACUUUGUCACAUGCAUCAUCUCCGGGAACGAGUCGGGCGAGAUCGCCAUCUCGUCGUAUCAAAUGUCCAACGAGGCCGUCGAGAUGGUACGAGCCGACAUUGUCGAGCCCUCGGCAGACCCCCACGUUAUGCUUGUCCGGGACGAGGAGGAGGACGACGGGUCCGUCAGCCGCACGCGGUACAUCCCCGAGGUGUUUUACCGCAAGCUGAACGAGUACGGCGCAAACGUCCAGGAGAACGCCAAGCCUUCGUUCCCCGUCGAGUAUCUCUUCGUCACCCUCACCCACGGUUUCCCUGCCAGCCCCAAGCCCCUCUUCACGCAAACAGGAUUCCCCAUUGAGAACCGCGAGUACAUCGGGGAGAGCCCGGAGCACUCGGCCCUGGCCCGGACGCUCAAGCUCGGCGCCGGCAUGAAGCCGAGCGACAGCCUCCAAGAAGCCUCCAACUUUCACCUGCUCUGCUUCUUGCAUCGCAUGGGAGUCCUGUCAGGGGACGAGUUCGCCCUGCUGUGCCGCGUGGCGAGCCAGCACGACCUCGCCGACUCGUUCCAGCUCCGUUCCACUGAGGGCUGGCAGACGCUGCAGGCCAUCCUCCAAUCGACUGGUGAGCGCAUCCCCACCAAGCGUCGGCGCCAAGACGAGACGGGCCCCUCUUCGCCGUCGUCGUCGUCGUCAUCGUCGCAGAACCUUCCCGUCCACGGGUCGGGUGAGCCGCUUGCUAAACGAUUUGCUGCCUUCAGGCUGAACGAGCGUCCAUGGUCGCCGGGCCGGGGGCCGGUGGAGUGA